AUGUGCGACAGCGUUGGAAAGCGCAACAAACGCGGGCAUCCAGAACGGGAGAAUGUAGGUCACACGAAGAAGCUGCCGUCUCGCAGGAUUGUCAUCUGCUUCGUUAAGAAUAGAUUAAUGGGGAUAGACUUCAAGAUUAAAACUGUUGAAUUACAAGGAAAGAAGAUCAAGCUACAGAUAUGGGACACGGCAGGGCAGGAACGAUUUCACACCAUCACCACCUCCUAUUACAGAGGUGCCAUGGGGAUCAUGCUAGUAUAUGACAUCACCAAUGCCAAGAGCUUUGAAAACAUCAGCAAGUGGCUCAGAAACAUAGAUGAGCAUGCCAAUGAAGAUGUGGAGAGGAUGCUGUUAGGAAACAAGUGUGACAUGGAAGAUAAAAGAGUUGUCCCUAAAGCAAAAGGCGAACAGAUUGCUAGGGAGCACGGUAUUAGGUUUUUCGAAACUAGUGCGAAAGCAAAUAUAAACAUUGAGAAGGCAUUCCUCACAUUAGCAGAAGACAUUCUUCGAAAGACCCCUGUAAAAGAGCCCAACAGUGAAAAUGUAGAUAUCAGCAGUGGAGGUGGGGUGACGGGCUGGAAGAGCAAGUGUUGCUGAGCGUUCUCCUAUAUCACCAAUCGCCAUCCACCGCCCCUUUUUUCUCGCUGCAAAACAAACCACUCUGCCCGUUUUUAACCUUAAACCCAUGUUUUGUUCCUCACCUUAACAAGCUCCUGUCUCCCUUUGUUUUUCCGUUUAGGAGAGCUUGCGUACUAUAAUUUUCUCAACAACGUGUAUAGGAAAAUCAUCUCCGUGAGUUCAUUUUUUCAUGUACCUGCUCAACUUACCACUACGUUUUGGUUGUAUUAUAGUCCCGUUCCUCCUGACAUGAAAACAUAUAGCAAUCAUAUUCAACUCUAUUCUGCAAAUGGUAUAAGAAUAAAAGUUAGAAUUAACAAUUUAUUUUGUACAACAGUGGAAUUUUCUGUCAUGGAUAAUGUGCUUGAGUCACCAUAUUCUCUAGAUGCAUCAGCAAAAGAGCCAGGAAAACACUCAUUUUCGCCUUGAGUAUGUGAAUGGGGUUUAUUUUGUCCUGUGCCUUAUGUGGAAAGGAACUUUUGUUUUCGCCUUUUUUUUUUUUUUAAUUUCUUUUCUUCUGGUGGAAGCAUGUGCAGGAGACAUACCAUCCAUACUUGACCAUUUUAAAAUACCGAACUCUUUUGUGAUUGCUUUCCGUAAUUGUUGGUGUAAUGCAUCGAGGACAAAGGGUGGUGCAAAAAAAAAAAAAAAAAAAAACAUUUACUCUGCUGUGUCUCCUUUUUGGUGAUCUAGCCAUUCAGAACUGUUCCUGCUGCCAUUUUCUUUUCUCACUCGCAGCUCUUCCCUUUUGCCUGCAUGCUGCUUUUAUUUGCAUUUCUUCAUGGUGUGAUGUGUUAAUUAAAAGGAUGGCAACGCGGUAUGUUUGCCAAAAAUUUAAUACAAAGCACUGAUUUAGCUUUCAAGGUAAAAAUGUUGAAGAUACCUACUAAUUUCCCUCUAGCCGAUGUCAGUUCACUAGUAUAUCUUCUCUCUCCUCCUGCAUAGCCGUUGGGUUUUAUGAUAUGGAAGAGUUAUUUGCAUGCACUAGUUUUCUAUGGAGGGUGAUGUGGUUGUCUACUUUAUGUGUAUGAAUAUAACAUGCAAUUCCCAAACUGACAGCAGUUAACG